GAAAUGGACAGCAAUCCCAUGGUGUCCUCGUUGCUCAACAAGCUGGCCAACUACACCAACCUGAGCCAGGGCGUGGUGGAGCACGAGGAGGACGAGGACAGCAAGAGGCGAGAGGUCAAGAGCCCGCGCAUGGGCACCUUCAUCGGCGUCUACCUGCCCUGCCUCCAGAACAUCCUCGGCGUGAUCCUCUUUCUGCGCCUGACGUGGAUCGUGGGGGCGGCUGGCGUCCUAGAGUCCUUCCUCAUCGUGUCCAUGUGCUGUACCUGCACGAUGCUGACUGCCAUCUCCAUGAGUGCCAUCGCCACCAACGGUGUGGUCCCAGCUGGCGGCUCCUACUACAUGAUCUCGAGGUCCCUGGGGCCUGAGUUUGGAGGGGCUGUGGGCCUCUGCUUCUAUCUGGGCACGACCUUCGCCGGGGCCAUGUAUAUCCUGGGGACCAUUGAGAUUUUUUUGACCUACAUCUCCCCCAGUGCGGCCAUCAUCCAGGCGGAGACUGUGGGCGACGAGGCCGUGGCCAUGCUGCAUAACAUGCGCGUGUACGGGACGUGCACGCUGGUGCUGAUGGCCAUGGUGGUCUUCGUGGGCGUCAAGUACGUCAACAAGCUGGCCCUGGUGUUCCUGGCCUGCGUGGUGCUGUCCAUCCUUGCCAUCUAUGCCGGCGUCAUCAAGACCGCCUUCGACCCGCCGGACAUCCCGGUCUGUCUGCUGGGGAACCGCACCUUGUCGAGACGCGGCUUUGACGUCUGCGCCAAGGUCCACACCGUCAACAACAGUACGAUGCCCACGGCGCUCUGGGGCCUCUUCUGCAACAGCUCCAUGCCCAACGCCACCUGUGACGAGUACUUUGCCCAGAACAAUGUCACGGAGAUCCAGGGCAUCCCUGGCGUGGCCAGCGGUGUCCUCCUGGAUAACCUGUGGAGCUCGUAUGCAGACAAGGGGGCGUUUGUGGAGAGGAAGGGCACACCGUCGGUGCCUGUGCCCGAGGAGAACAGAGCCAGCGGCCUGCCCUACGUCCUCACUGACAUCAUGACCUACUUCACCAUGCUGGUCGGGAUCUACUUCCCCUCUGUGACCGGUAUCAUGGCGGGCUCGAACAGGUCUGGGGACCUCAGGGAUGCCCAGAAGUCCAUCCCCACUGGGACCGUUUUGGCCAUCGUGACGACGUCUUUCAUCUACCUGUCCUGCAUCGUGCUCUUUGGGGCCUGCAUUGAAGGAGUGAUCUUACGAGAUAAGUUUGGGGAGGCCCUGCAGGGGAAGCUGGUCAUCGGCAUGCUGGCCUGGCCGUCCCCCUGGGUCAUCGUCAUCGGCUCCUUCUUCUCCACUUGCGGUGCUGGUCUGCAGAGCCUCACGGGCGCACCACGCCUGCUGCAGGCCAUUGCCCGCGACGGCAUCGUCCCCUUUCUGCAGGUGUGGAGAAAAUGCCGGAUGCGCAUCUUCACGGUGGCCCAGGUGGACGACAACAGCAUCCAGAUGAAGAAGGACCUUCAGGUGUUCCUGUAUCACCUCCGGAUCAGCGCCCAGGUGGAGGUGGUGGAGAUGGUCGAAAACGACAUCUCGGCGUUCACGUACGAGAAGACGUUGAUGAUGGAGCAGAGAUCCCAGAUGCUGAAGCAGAUGCAGCUCUCCAAGACCGAGCGGGAGAGAGAGGCCCAGCUCAUCCACGACAGGAAUACCGCAUCCCAUUCAGUGGUGGCCACCAGGACCCAAGCCCCACCCACACCGGACAAAGUGCAGAUGACCUGGACCAAGGAGAAGCUGGCCGCCGAGAAGUUUAAGAACAAGGAGCCAGGCGCGUCCGGGUUCAAAGACCUCUUCAGCCUGAAGCCAGAAUGGGGAAGUCUGAACCAGUCCAACGUCCGGCGGAUGCACACGGCCGUGAAGCUUAAUGGUGUCGUCCUCAGCAGGUCCCGGGGGGCUCAGCUGGUCCUGCUAAACAUGCCAGGACCCCCCAAAAACCGGCAGGGGGACGAGAACUACAUGGAGUUCCUGGAGGUCCUGACCGAAGGACUCAACAGGGUCCUCCUGGUCAGGGGCGGCGGCCGGGAGGUGGUCACUAUCUACUCCUGA